AUGGAAUCGAAGGCACUUAGAAAUAAAAUAAAGAUCCUUUCCAAGAAUCUCAUAAAACCAUCAAUAUCCUCCCCCACUUCAAAGAAUGAGCAUCACCCUAAAAAUUACAAGUUAUCUUUCUUUGAUCAAUUUGCUUGUCAAAUACAUGUGCCUUGUGUUCUUUUAUAUCCACUGAAAUAUUCCAUGUUCUCCUUUACUAAAAAUUCCAUUAUACAUGAACAAUUAGAACAAUCAUUGUCCAAGCUUUUAACCCAUGUUUAUACAGCAGCGGGUAGAUUUGCGGUGGAUGGUCAGUCAAUUGAUUGUCAUGAUGAAGGCGUUCUAUAUAUAAAGGCAAAAGUUGAAUGUAAACUGGAUAAUUUUCUUAAGGAUGCACAAAAAGAUAUUGAUCUUGCAAUGCGUUUUUGCCCGAAAAUCGACCGUGAUGCUUCUAAUUUGUCUACCACUCCACUAGUGGUAGUGCAAGUGACCGAGUUUGAUUGUGGUGGGCUAGCUUUAUCUGUGAGCAUGAAACAUGCUGUUAUUGAUGGAUUCACAGCUUUGAAAUUUGUUUACGAGUGGUCCAAAGUGAGUAAAACGGGAAUUAUUUCCGAUAAGGAUUGUUUUACCUAUGAUGAUUUGGGUACCAUCUUCCCUGCAAGAGAUAAUCAUUUGUCAAAAAUUGUCAAGUCCCCUAGAGAUAAUGAUCAUGAAUUUGUUGAAACGAUCUCAAGGAAGUUUGUCAUAUAUGAAUCUGCAAUAUCAAGACUUAGGGAAAUUGUUGGAGUGGCUUGUUUCAAACCAUCACGAGUUGAGUUGGUGAUUGCUCUAUUCUGGAGGUCUUUAAUCAAUGUUUCUCAACGUAAAAAUAAUGGAUGUUUGCGACCUUCAUUAUUGAUCGUCCCUACGAAUUUACGUGAUAAAAUUCACUUCCCAAAAUACAAAAACUCCUUUGGAAAUUUUGCUAUUGAAGUUCCAGUCAAAUUCAUACCAGGAGAAACGAGAAUGGAAUUACAAGAUAUUGUACAAUUGCUAAGGGAUGUAAUACAAAAGACCAGCAUAUCAUUUGCAAAAGCAAGCGAUGACAUCAUAUUUUCAUCAGCAGCGAAAUUUCAUGAAGAAAUACAAGAAUGGAAAAAAAAUGAACAAGUGGAUGUGUGCAUGGCAUCGAGCUUAUGCAGGUUUCCGAUUAAUGAACUUGAUUUUGGUUGGGGAAAACCUUGUUUGACAACUUUUGGAUUGAGACGUCGCGAUAUGUUUUGGUUGUAUGAUACAGAAUGUGGCACUGGAAUUGUUGUGCAGGCAGAUUUGAAGCAAGGCUACAUGAACAUGUUUCAAUGUGACCAAGGUGUAUUGACUUUCACUUGCCAGUAG